AUGGCUGCGUUCCAUCCAUUGUCGUCCGGCGCGACGCCCGGCGACGGCAUAGAUUCUUCCAUAUUUGACGACUCACUGCUAGAUACCGUCAAUGGCACUUUCCCCACGUUACCCUUCACUCCCAACUACGACUUUCAAGACUUCUCCGCUACGGGCUUCGAAGACCCCUUCGCAUACUCGAAUCGCCAGUAUGAAGCCCCGCCUGCCCCCGAGGAUUUCAACCAAGACUCGCCCACGCAGGAGCUGGACAACAAGCUGCUCGGCUUUUCGGCCCCGACGUUGAAGGCGACGCUAUUGGACGGGACGGGCCAACAUGUAGAACCUAGCAUGACUGCCGAGCUCUACGGCAUGUUCUUCGUCGCCGAAGACGUCUUUGGCGCCGAGAACAGCGGCAGACCCCUCGAGCUGACGUGCUACCGGCGGAACCUGUGGCAGUGCUCUGGACAGGUAACCAUACCGCGACACAUCACCCACGUUGUGGACGAGCAAGGCCGGCAAAUGCCCAUAUUCGAGCUGUCCGCCUCGAUAACGGCCAUCGAGUCCAUCGAGGGCAAGGUCACAGAGAUCAUAUCAAUACCCUGGAAGAGCGCGCAUCCCAUAGGCGCAGAGGAACCCAAAUCCAACGGUGGACCACCCAAUAUCGUCCUGGAUCUGGCUAACGGGCAAGAGGUGGACGCAAACAAGGUCUCCCUGCCGCUAUCUUGGAAGAGGCUGCAGUUCAAGCACGCGACGGCGAACAACGGCAGGAGGAAGGGUCUCCAGCAGCACUACCUCGUGGAAAUCAGCCUGCUUGGCAAGCUGCAGUCAGGCGAAGACGUCAAGAUCGCCGAAACCCACUCUGGCCCCGUUAUCGUAAGAGGUCGCAGCCCGCGAAAUUUCGACAGCCGGAAGGACAUCCCCCUGACGGGUGGAGAUAAGAAGGUUGGCGGGAGGAGCAACAGUGACGCUACUGCUGCGACGCCCCAGAAGGAGAACGGCGGCAACAACGGCAUCCCGACGCCGGUACCCAAAUAUCAACCAGUCGGCAACGUCCAACAACCAUCAGAAUGGGCGCCGCCGCAAAAAUAUCGUGAGUCGAGCGGGGGCCAGCCACCAGCGAAGAAGCUCGCCAUGUCACCGGGUAUCAGUAGACCACCCAUACCGGCUUGGUCCUCGGAACCCUCGAGAAGCCUGGGCAGGGCAUCGACGUCCAUUUCGGCGCCGCGCGGUGCCAUUUCCGGCCCAAUAAACCUAUCCCUUUCAGAAGACGAGAGGAGUCCUAAUAGGUCGAACUCGGAUGUGCAGAGCCCGCAGUUCACCAAAUCUAUGGCGGCUGCCGGUCAUAACCCGAGCCAGAGCCCCAAGGAAGAGGAUGAUCUUCUCUAUGAGUACUUCCCACUUAGUGUGGACGACUGGAUGCCGCCAGUCGAGGCAAUAUAUCGUCCUCACGUCGUGCAUCAUACCAUCGUACCGCCAGAGAUCAAGGCACAGCAACUCCGGAGCAAGGCAAAGAGAUAUUUCACUGCCGAAUCUUAG